AUGGUUAAUAAAGCCAUCAAAAGCUCAAUCUCAGGAUUGCUGGUUUUUGCCUUCUGUACAGCAGGCCUCGUGAAAAUUACUGACAAAAUGGCUCCAGAAGUUCACAAGCAAAUGGUAAGAUCUGUGGUUCUCUAAGUCUAAAUUUAGUCUGUAACGUUUCUAGUAGAGCAAGUAAUCAUACGUAUCAUCUGAUUUUGCCUUCUCGCGCCCGAAGAGUUUGCUGUUGUAAUAACAGCAAUCUGUACGUAGGUGAUGAGUUAAUUAAUCUCACGCACAAUCGAAGACGAGGCCUUGCAGUUGUCAGCAGUGGACUGUCAGUAACAAACUAGUGUAUAUCAUGUACUGUUAAUAUGAUGUAAUAGAUGCUCGGAAUGUUUAUUCAACUGUACUGUAGGGUUCCAAGAGGGGCGUUAAAUAGAUAGGGGGCGUUUAAAAGGAUUUGCAUUUAUGAGACACUCCAUUUUUUUUCCAAACCCCCCUCCCCUCCGGUGGAUGAGUGGAUUCCUUCCACCCUUCCACCUCAUUUUUUUGUCAGAACCCUUUGAAAAAAAAACCUUUCCUACGCGCCUCAUUUUUGUUGUUUCCUUUGAAAACAGAUUCCUACUUACCAGUUAUCUGCUGAGGAUGCUCAUCCUAGGGAAGGUGGGGGGAUCGGAAUAAAAAUGGAACAUGACCCUAUUCUCAUAACUGUGUAAUGCAUCAGUCAAUUCCAGCUGCACCCAGCACCCCCCCCGGGCUACUGCGGGGCAUUUGCCCACCUUGUCAGUCCCAGGGGUGGGGCAUUUGCAAAUUUUGUGCUGCCCGGGGGCCGGGCAUUCGCCAACCCCGGGGCCAUUCCUGAGCUUUUGACACGCACGCGGUUUCCUAUCAGAAAAUAACUACACAGAGGAUUUUACUGGGAAAGAAAGCAGAUUGGCUCAUCUGCCAAGGACAGGAAAAAUCAGGAAGAGGUUUGUAAAGGCAUGUUCUUGAUUUUAUGCAUGCAUUUCUUCAUUGCUUAUCGAGCCAGAAUUACAUUGCGAAAUCGGGAGCUAUCGACGUGAAUCAACGUUUUUUGGUUAUUGAAUCAAAUUUCUGUUGAUAUUAUUUGAAGAACAUCCUUUCAUUUUUAUAAAACUAUUCAUAACAUAUAACUUGACAGCACUCUAUUAUUUUAAUGGUUAUAAUUUUACAUCAAUACCAAAAUUAUAAACUGGUGCAUGUCGUUGCGGCGUGAAGUCUUAAUUAGAAUCAUAGCACUAUUACAAAGGAAGACGUUAACUGAAACAAAAAAUUCAAAUUAAAAUGCUUAAAACGGCACUAUUCAACUAUGCGAUCAAUGAAAAAUGUUGCAGUGUUUACGGAGGACGGGGCAUUUGCCCUCUUUUUUCGUCCCCACCCCGGGGGAUUUGACAGCUCAAGAGUCCCCACCCCCCGGAAUUUGCCAUCCAAGGCAAAAAAAAUGCUAAUGCCCGAGAGUCAGCCCGGGGGGGCGCUGGGUGCAGCUGGAAUUGACUGAUGCAUAAAGCAAACUCAACAACACUAGUAAUAAAAUGAGUUUAUAAAAUAGCAAAAUAUCCAGUCCAUCCAUUGAUAUGUCUAGUCCAUCUGCAGAUCCAAAUUUCAACCUCAAUGUCAGAAUUCUCAUUCAGGGUCAUUGUGCUGUCAUCGUUAUCCUAUCCUUUGUUUGCACUAGAAAUGGCUUCCUGUUGACAGAUUUUUUGCAAGUAAAACAAAAUUUUUGCAAAGUGCAAAUGAGGUCUAAAUUAACUGAUUUUGCCCCUUUUUUGCUGUUUCCUAGUAUUUUGAAGUAAUUGUCAUGGGGGGCGGGGGGGGGGGUAUCUAUUAGGAGGAGAGUAGAGGGCAUUUGUUAAGGAGAGGAAUCUAAUUCAAACUCAAAAAAAUAAAAGGGAGGUGUCUAUUAGACAAGAGGCAUUUAUUUGAGAGAGUGCGUCUAUUAGAUCAUUUACAGUACAUCAAUAAGCCUUCUCUUUUUGAAGUUUUUCAGUUGCUUAUCACAGUAUUGUUUUUUAUUUUCAACCCACCAGAAAAGAGAGUUUGUUGACUUGGCAAAAGUUCAUCCUAUAAAGGUGUGGUUUGGUCGAAAUGUGAAUCCAGAACUUCAUCGCAUCAUGAUUGGAUAUGUUGCAGUUUUAUGUGGUCUUUUGCUGUAUGCAGGGCCAAGGUCCCUGAAAUUAGCAAGCACAGUGAUACUGUUAAUUGUCAUGACUGUAAUGAUGCAGGGUCUAUAUUGGCUUGGAAAGCCUGCCAUCAUGUUUACACCAGCAUCACUCUGCACCAUACUGCUUCUCUGCAAUUUUUUGAACUUGCUGAGUGAGCCAUCAGUGAAGGAAAAGAGGAAAGAGUGA